CAAUGGCGGCGCGGGGGGAGGCGCGGCCUGGGCGCUCUUAAGGCGGCGCCGGGCGGGGGGGGCCCGAGCGGAGCGCGGAGAUGUCGGCGAGUCACGACAGUCGAUCUCGCGAGAGCGGCCCCGAGGGGAUGGAGCCGGACGGGGUCAUCGAGAGCAACUGGCACGAGGUGGUGGACAGCUUCGACGAGAUGAACCUGUCGGAGGCGCUGCUGCGCGGGAUCUACGCCUACGGCUUCGAGAAACCCUCGGCCAUCCAGCAGAGAGCCAUCCUGCCCUGCAUCAAAGGCUAUGACGUCAUCGCGCAGGCGCAGUCGGGCACGGGUAAAACCGCCACCUUCGCCAUCUCCAUCCUGCAGCAGGUGGAGCUGGAGCUCAAGGCCACGCAGGCGCUCGUGCUGGCCCCCACCCGCGAGCUGGCCCAGCAG